GUAGACCACUCGUAUAUGACCUUCUUUGACAGAACAGGACGUUAGAACAGGACGUUGCCCUUUUUUACCUCUUCUUGCCAGACGCACCAAGAACCAAGCAAGGACGAAUAGUCUCUUCUUCUAGUACAACAACAUGGACGAGCGUUACAGAAGCAGUCCGGUAUGCUAAAUACGGCCUGAGGCAUGUUGCUAAGGAAGAGGCAGCUAGCCUUCUCACAUGCCGUGUCUUCCCGACCAUGAUCCACGAGUAGCAGCAUGAUCCUGUCUUUGUUGAGUGGGUUGGUCCCAUACUGCUUCAGACAAGCGGUUCUUUUUGCAUCUUUGACAUUCUGGAGCGUUAUUUUCGUGGAUCGCGUGAAGAGCUGCUUGCACCUUUGACAUUCUGGAGCGUUAUUUUCCAAGGAGCACGCAGACCAUACCGAUUGAGAGUGCGUACUUACAAGGACCCCUGUAGUAGGUAUCAAUCCGAUGCGCCUAUGUUGAAAUCCGAGACGGUCAGAAAGUCUUAUAGGACGGCGGAACGGUGGCCAAUUUAAAACGGAGUUCAAUCUAUCCUGUCGUACUUCCCAGAUACGCCACCAGCAGAUUGCGUUUAGUCUGCGUCCUAUUCUUGUUCUUUAUGAGCAUGUGGGGGCCCAGUGAUGUGGUGCUUGCUACAAAUGAUUUUUUGUUAUACCACAAAGGGUACGGAAACGGAUGUUGGCAGUACUAGGUACAACAAGUGCAGAAAUAAACCUACUUGUUGAAGUAAAAAAUUCGAUGGCCACAGACGAAAAAUCUUCAUCUACUGACGAGAGCUUCCUACAACCUCCUCGUCCUGAGGACCACUCAUCGCAACACGAGAGCUUCGUACCUGAACCUGAACCUGAAGAAUAGUAGAUGUGAUUGAGGAUAUCCUCAUGAGGGCAAUAGUAGAUGUUGAUUUGGAGGCAAGUGGGGGAAUAAGAGGGUAAGUAGUUCUAUCUUCAUUAUUGUAGUUCUAAUCAAAGACUUAAAUAAAACAAAUAUAUUUUUUUACCGAACCUAGAAACUUACCAAGCAAGGCUUGAAGCUACAGAUUUUCGGAUGCGAUACUAGAAAACGCUAAAUAUUCAAGAACACAAAUAAUAUCACAAGGGGAUUUUUUUUUCUGAGCACACCGCGCCCGACAUGCCACAAAAGCCGCAGCUGGCGGGGACUGUGGCGGCCAGACAUACCAUAGUCGACCGCAAUGACGACCAUAGCACAACACACACAGAGCACAAAAAAAUCCGGCGGGAUCGUACGCGUCGCCCGGAGCGCAUCAAAACAAACAAACAAACAAACAAAAAAUUUGUUUCACUUUCAUCAUCUACGAAGUAGAAAGUCAACAUUUUCAUGGGCGUCAACGGUAACUAGUAACCAUCGACGCCGUGCUAACAGGCAUGAUCAUCAGUACAGAAGUAGAACUAGAAGGAUGGCUCCUUCGUUCAGCACAAACAGAAAUUUUUCAAGUUGUUGCGAUUCCUCAUGUUAUCGUCUUAUUUUACAUUUGAUCACAUUAUCAAAAUCAAUCUCGUAUCUGCAAAACCCCGCUUUCUUUAAAUGUGUGAUAUUACCUUCUUUAUCUAUCAUUAUUCAUCCUUUGAAACUAACUCCGAGGUAUUUAACCCAGAGGGCUGAGGUGAGGAACGAGUGCUCCGUUGAAGGAGUCCUUAAUAAAAGUAAGGUCGUUGCCUAUAGGCUUGUAGUACUAUAUGGAACACGGUGAUGAUGCUGAUGAGGUCGUUGCAUUACUGAUGAACCGCUCUUAAAAACAAAGGAAAAAGUUGAGGUUUUUAGCUUGCGUUUGGUCAUGUUGGCUACCGCAAAUUGCAGCCGUAAAUCAACACCUGCACGAGGCGAACGAACGCACGCACCUCUGGACGCUGGUACACCUUGUUCGCUGGACGCAGAAGGAUUUACUAUUUAU